UAUAAAGACAAGAGAUGUGAAGUGGUACUCAAUGAGAGAAAAUGCACAUGCAGAAGAUGGCAAGUAUCAGGUAUACCAUGUAUGCAUGCCCUUGCUUUUAUCCAUUCCAUCAGAGGAGCAAAAUGGGAAGAUUAUGUUGAUGAUUAUUUCUCAGUAGACAAAUAUAAAGCAACCUAUCAAAUGGAGGUUGCACCUAUGCCUGAUAUGAAUGAAUGGGUCAUUACUGGUGAUGGUGAGUCUUUACUACCACCUAUCUCAAGGAGGCCAGCUGGUAGGCCUAGGAAAAAUAGGAUCAAAGGUUUUGAUGAAGUCAAGAAAGGUAGGCACAAAUGCAAAAGGUGUGGAUCUUUUGGUCAUCAUGCAAAAAAAUGUAAAGAGCUAGAGAAAGAAAGUGAUCCUUCAAUGCAAUCUAUGGCUUCAUCAUCUAAUGUUCAACAAACCUAUAGGUUGAUGUUGAGAAUGGAGUUUGAGGUUGUUAUUUGUGUUAUUUGGAGAUUGUUGUUUUUUAGAAGUUUAGUGUGUUUUUGCAUUAAUGAACAUAUGUAUUAUUUUAGUUGAUGUUAAAAAAGUUGGUGUUGGAUGUAAUUUGUUUUAAAGAAUUUUAUGGAGAACUUGUUUUGUUCAAAAAUUUGAUGUCCU